AUGCAGGUCCUCUUCCCCGCGAUGGUAGAACAGCAUGUCCGGUUCGGAUCCGGCCCCACAGAUGGCCCACUACUCCCAACUCCGCAUCCUGUGACUGCGGCAAAGGCAGCGGCGGUGGUGGCGUCCUCGCCUGAGGUCGACGGCGCCGCGGCGGAGUGCGUCGAGGAGAGAUGCUUCCGGCGGAGGAUAGCGAACCGAGAGUCCGCGCGGCGGUCCCGCGCGCGGAAGCUGUGCCACCUCGACGAGCUCCGGGACAGCGUGGCCCUCCUGGAGCGCGAGAAUCGUGACCUGGCGGCGCACGCGGAGGCCGCGCGCGCUAGGCUCGUUCCUGCCUUGCUCGCCAACGCCGCGUUGCGCGCCGAGGCCGCCGCGCUGUCCCGUCGGCUCGCGGCCGCCAGCCAAACUCUCGUCCUCGGCCGUCUGUACAACGCCCGGGCCGAUGCUGCUGUCAGCAUCGACGACGACGUCGGCGACUGCUGCCUGGUCGGGGCCACGGACAUGGAGGAGAUGAUUGCCUCGCUGAUCGCGAAGCCGCCCACCUGCACUGCAUGCGGAAUCCUGAGAUCAUGUAGGUAG